AUGAAGAAUCUAAAAAAUGAAGAUUUGAAAAAGUUGAAUCAAAUUGAAAAAGAUUUAUUACAAAGAUUCAAAGAAGGUGAAAAAGAACAAAUAAAAGAAAGAGAUAAAAUUGAACAAAAAAGUAAACUUAUUAAAAAAGAUCCAUAUAAUGGAUUAGAAUUUAAUGAAUCAAUAAUGAAUAAGAAAAAAGAUGAAAUUACAUUAUCAGAAGCUAAACAUGUUCAUAAUUUAGAAAAAAAACUUAAAGAUGAAUUUAAAUCACAUCAUAUUCGUGAAGGAAUAGAAUUAAAAGAAAGAGAAAAAAAAUAUGAACCAAUAGUUAAAGCUUUAAAAGAAAAUAGAAUUCAUGAAGUUGAAAAUUCAAAAGAUAUUCAAAUUUUUAAUCCAAACAUAGUUAGUACUCCAUUUCGAAAAAUUCAAUUUGAAGAUGAAGAUGAAAAUGAUUUUCAUUAUAAUGAAUCUACAUCUACAAUUGAAGAUCCAAUAACACCUGAAAAAGAAACUUUUAAAACUAAUAAAUCUUUGAAAAAAAUUAUGGAAUCAUCUAUUAUUAAUAUUGGAUCAAUUGCUUCAAAAUUUUUACCAAGAGCACAUGAUAAACAAUUUGGUAUUUGGUAUGAUGAAGAUAUUGAAGAAUGGAAAAUUGGUAAUUAUCCUAUGACUGUUGAUAUAGAUGAUAUUAUAAUAAAAUAUAAUGAAAAUGAAGAAAAAUAUAAAGGUACAGAAGGUUUAUGGAGACUUUUAACUAGAAAUGAUUAUUUAGAACAUAAUAUAAUGUUUACAAAUGAUGAUUGGAAUAAUUAUAAGAACAUUAUGAUAAAAACUUAUUCACUAUUUCAAAAUAAUGAUCCAAAAAGUAGAAAACCAAAAUCAAGUAAAGGUAGAAAAUGGAAAUUAGUUAAAACUAUUUGGGAAGAACUUAUUAAUCAAAAAGGAUCUGGUGUAUUAGAAUUUAAUAAUAAACCAAUUGAAUAUAGAUAUGUAAAUAAUUUAAAUGAAUUAGUUAAAAGACUUAAUUAUAUUUCAGCUCAAGAAAAUGCUGGAAAUAAUAGUUUUCAUAAUGAAAAAAUGUCUUUAGUUAAAUUUAUGAAUGAUAUACUUACAGAAAUAAUAGAUACACCAAAUAGUACUAAAUAUUUAAUUAGAUGUAUGUCUUUAUUACCUGAAAAUGUUAUAGGAUCUGGUUUAGUUAAUGAUAUUAUAAAUAAUUUACCUAUAGAGUUACAUUAUCCAGGUGCAAAUUUUUGUGGUCCAGGAACAAAACUUAAAGAAAGAUUAGAAAGGGGUGAUAAAGGAAUUAAUCCAACUGAUGAAUUUUGUAAGGAACAUGAUAUAUUUUAUUCAAAUAAUAGAACUCCAGAACAAAGAUGGAUAGCUGAUGAAAAAUUAGAAGAUCAAGCUUUAAAUCGUUUAUUUUCAAAAGAUGCUACUUUAAAUGAAAGAGUUAUGGAUUUAGUUAUUGCUCCUACAAUGUGGGCUAAAAGAAAAUUAGGAUUUGGUUUAAAUAGUUCAUCAUUAAUCUAAAAAGCAAAAUAUUAAUUUUUUUGAAAAAAAUCAUUUCAUUGAAAAAUUAUUUUUUAAAAAUUUAUUCCUCCAAAUUUUUUUUAAAAAUUAUUUAUUAUUUUAUAUUUUUAUGACCCCAUGGUAAAGUAUUUAUUUUAUCUUUUAAUAUGUAUCGUUUUUCAUCUUUUGAACUUAAAGCUAAUUUAUUCAAACUUAUUGUGUAUAAUUCAUGUUUAUAACUUCUAAUACAAUUCAUUUCUCUAUACACUACUUUAUCUUCAAAUAAACAUUUCUUAAAAUUUUCCAUUUUUAUGUAUCUAUUUUUAGUAUUUUCAUCUAAUUCAUCUAAUUUUAUAUUUUUAUUCAUUAAUAAACAUUUUUUAAUACCUUUACAUUUUACUUCAUUUUUAUUAUUUGAAAACAUAUAACUAUAGCAUUUAGAUCUUAAUCCACAAAACUCUUCUAAAGGUAUACCAUUCAAUUCAUCUUUAAAUUUUCCAAUUACUUUCUUAUUUUUAUCAUUAUAACAUUCAUGAUUCUUAUCAUAAUCACUUGUAUCAAAUUCUUCUUGAUUAUUUUUUAUUAUUUCAUAAGGAUCUUUAUUCAUUUCUAAAAAGAAACUAUCUGUAUCCAUGUAUAAUAAAUUAGCAUUUGGAUCAUAUUUUUUAAUUUUAUCAUAAUAAAAUUGAUACAUUAAUAAUUUAGAUAAAUCUAAAACUGAAAAUCCAAUAUAAAUUGGUUUAUCAAAUUUAACCUUUUGUUUAUGAAAAUGUGUAGCAAUACAAUCAUCAUCAAAUAUUUUGAAUCCUUUAAAAUUAGAUUUUUUAGAAAAUUUGUAUGAUGAUUCUUCAUCACCUAAUUUUAUUUCUAAUCUAUUUCUUACAUUUUCCAUCGUUUUUCCAAAUACACUAUUACACAUAAGUUUAUAAAAGUCUUUUUCAAAAUCACUUUUACUUUUAGCUCUCAUGUUUGUAUUAAAAUUUAUAUAUUUUUCCAUAAAAUUACUUUGUUUAAAUUCUAUAACUCUAUUAAUAUUUUCUAAAAUCAUACCUUUCUCUAAAUAAUAUUUUAAAUUUCUAAUGUGAACAACAUAAUUAUUUUUAUCAUAAAGAGUUGUACAUAAUCUUUUUUUAUAAUGUUCAGGAGCUAAAGGUAAAUCUUUAUGAUUAUCAUGUAAUUCUUCUGGAUAUUUUAAAUCUACUUCAAAAAUAUAUCCAACAUCAUCAUUUUCAUCAUAAUUUUUAAUUAUAUCUUCCCAUUCAUCUAAAUUUCUAAUAUCUGAAUUUAUAAAUUGUAAAUCUUUAUAUGGUAAUUUUUGUGAUAAGGCCCAACCAUAUAAAUUGUUCGCAUCGAUAUAGAAUAAAUAAUUUUGUUUUUCAUUUGGAUUAUAAUUUUUUAUAUAUUUAUUAUUUGCUUUAGAAUAUCUAGUUAUACAUUGUGAAAUACCACCUCUAAUUCCUUUUUCAAUCAUUAAAUACAUGUUAUAAUCAUGUAUUAAAUCUAGUUCUAUUUUUGUAAGUUUUAACAUUGCAUCCCAUGCUAAUGAUGGUGCUGUUAGAUAAUGAGCAGGAUCUAAUUUAUAAUUAUUUAAACAACAAUCUCUAAAAUUUUCAAAUAUAUCAGCUAAUAAUAAUACAUCUUGUAUAUUAUAUAAAUCAGAAUAAUUUCCUAAAUUUUUAUUUUUUAAUUUAUUCCAUACCAUUUUAUAAUGUAAAUAAUCUUUUGUAUUUAUACUUUCAUGAUUUAAACAACUAUAAAACUUAUCUUGUUCUAAAAUUUUAUUAUAUUCUAAUUUUUCAAAAUCAUCAAUAAACUCAUAUGGAAAUAUUCCUUUACCACUUAAAAUAUUAAAAAUUUGAUCUUCAUCAUUAUCUUCUCUUUUAAUAAUAUCAUUUAAAACUUUUCCAUUUUUUAUAAAAUUAUUUAUAUGCUUACAAUCUUCUUUUUUUAGUGAUUUUGCUAAUUUUUCAAUUGAUGAAGCCAUAAAUCUGAAUGUAUCAACAAAUGAAAAUUUUAUAUUUUUUCUUGGUUUAUUAUCUU